UUUUUGUAAAAUUAAUUAUUUAAUUUAUUUAAAAAAUUUUUCGUAAGUAAUUACUAAUUAGUAAUUAGUAUUAAAAUUUAUGUGUUAUUUGAUCAUAUGAUGGUGCAAUAGCUGCAAAAUUUCAUUAAAUAUUCCGGAAAAUGUGAACCUUAACAUCUGUUAUUUACUGUUAUGAAUUAAAUGCUCUUAUCAAUAGGAUGACAUUCUGUCUGUUAGUUAGACUGAUGCAAUGCAAUGAAAAAUGAUCUGACCUGUGAUCAGAAUAUUCUCAAGUUUCGGUAACAUAUUCCUUCAUAAUAUGUUCAACUUGUGCAGACGAGUAAUGAGGACGAGGUACGCAUUCUGCAAUGUGAAAUUACUCAAAAGCAUCCAUGCCAAAUGCCCUGUAUCGUCCUCGUCUGCCUGCCAUUCUCAUUCGAGUCACGUUACGCCGAUCAAAUCCAUCUCAACGAGGUAUUCUUUCAACAUCAAGAAUACGACUAUCGAGUUACAGAAAAAACUGAGAAAACUCAGCGUAAAACUUGAACUUGGGUUCAGUAUUUCAGUAUUCUCAGUCGAUAGUAUUUUAGUACAUCCUUGCUUCAAAUUUACGAAAAUCACCAAAGCCGAUAGUGUGAUUCUAAUCAACGCUUGCAAUUGCAUGCACGAGGAGUCGUCGCUGAAACGAAGCGAAUAUGUGUGGAGAAUUUGGGAUAAAAUGAAAAAAAGUGGUAUCAUCGACUUAGAUUCCUAUCAUCUUUUAUUACGUGUUCUUCGAGAUUGUGGUACUUACGUCGAACCGAAAGAUCUACUCAAUACCAUUUUGAAAGACGGAUGUUCCCCUACUUCCGAAACGUACACAUUGUUGUUAGAAUGUGCUUGUGAAAAUCAAAACAUCGAUGGCAUCGAAUUCGUAUUGUCUGCUAUGAAAAAAGACUCAUACGAAGCUUCCGACAGAUGCCUCAAUGCUAUUUUAUUCGCCACUGUUAAAAGUAGAGGAUUGGACAGUGCCAAGGAUUACUUGAAGAAUACAUCCGGUAAUUUGAAUUCUGGAACUUAUACAAGUUUACUCAGAGGUAUCGCCGAACAGAUGGUAGAAAGUCCAAAUCGAUUCGAUGAGGUGUUGAGAGAAGCUCGAGAAAAAUCGAUUGAGUUUUCCUUACUAGAACGAAUAUUGAUUGUUCAGAGUGUAAUACGUGGGACAGAUUUACUCGCGUUUAUUCCUAGUGUGCUUGGUCCGAGAGAUGAUUGGAUACCUAAUCCGAUAACUUUAUGUAAUUUAACCGCGAGAUGUUUAUCUAUAAAGAAUUAUCCGGCCAUGUUUGAAGUAUUGAAUUAUAUGGGUGAUCUGGUCUACCAUAUGACUCCUGGUAUCGAUGAAUUGCCACCAUGUUCUUACAUAGACCUCAUAGUUACAAACAUGGUGCGGUCACAAAUGCCUUUGAACGAUAUUUUACAAUUUUGUUUCGAGAAAGAUACAACGAUACGUUUGAGAAGAGCUGCUUAUACUUCGUUACGUUGCCGUUUAUUCACCUACACUUUGGCUUUCUUCGAAGCUAUGAGAUCUGUCGAAAUGCCUCUCAGACCUCAUUUUUUUUGGCCCAUAUUUUUAUCGUGUCGGAAUAAUCAGCAAAUGUAUAAUGUGAUAAAUGCUAUGAACCGGUUGAAUGUCGAAUUAGAUUACGAUACUUUGCGUACGUACGUUUUGAAACACCUGCAUUUGAUGAAAUCGAGCGAAACGUUUGAAAAAUUGGAAAAACUCGGAAUUCCUUCGAGUAGUUUUGCUACACCUUUGAUGGUUUUAGCUCUGCAAAAAAAUCAAAUUUCACUCGCGAUGGAAUUGUAUGACAAAUACAAAUCGGAAAUAGAUCACGAAAAAUUAUAUUUCGCCUUGGCUUCGUUAUUAAUUCGCUGUCAGGAUUUUGACGCUGUUUCCAAAAUAUGUUCCGAUGAUACUCAGCAUUUGCUCAAAGUGUUUCAUAAUUUGGUUGUUCAUUUCAAAAAGGGCGCUCGACCAUAUUUGAUUGAAAAGUUUUUAAACACGUUCAGGAAAACCAAAACGAGUUUAUUUAAAGCUGACUUGGAAGAACUGAGACUUUAUUUGAAAUUACACAAUUUAGACGAAGAAAUUUGGCUGAAUAAUCUUCUAAAUGAAGUGAACAACCAUUCUUCUCCCUCGCCAAGACCUCACUUAAGAGAUAUGAAUAUUGACGAAUUGGAAGAUAACGUCGUCCAUCUAAGGAAACAUAAUUAUCCCACGAGACAAGCUCUCAGAAGACUGCUGAUAAUGCACGCAGAAAGAGGCAACGUUGCUCGUGUUGUGGAAUUGAAACAGGAAUUGGAAGAGAGGAAUAUGGACUUUUCAUUGGGUAUGAAAGCUUCGUUAAUGAAAUGUUUCUGCCUAAAUGGCAAUUUCAACAUGGCGUAUGAUUUAUUCCUCGACAUGAAAUCGCACGGUUCGCAUGAAAAACUCGAACCAGCGAAAUACAUCAUGUUGGCCGAUGCUGCAGCUAGGAAAGGUCGUCUCGAAGUUACGUACGAAAUACUGAAAAGCAGAACGAACUUUCAAGAAGAUGAUUUAAGUAACGAGUGUUUGAAAUUAAUCGAAACGGUUGCUCAAAAUCACGGAGUACAAGCUGCCGAACAAUUACUCGAAUAUUUAGUCAAGAGUAAUUAUUGUUACCUCAAAAUCAUGCUAUUCAAACCCAUAAUGCAAUAUUAUUUAAUAAGAAAUCAAGUCGAGAAUGCUACGUUAGCUUGUUUGAAGUACGCGAAUCGUUACAGACUGAUGCCAAUGAAACAUAAAAUUAUAUCUAGAUUAGCUGCGUUGGCUGUGGAAGAGAAAGUUCACAAGAGUGAGCCGAAAUUUCAACUAUUGUUGGAUAAAGUUUUGCAAACCGCUGGAUAUUUAUACGGUUCUAGUCAUACGAAUUUGGUGUACAUUUUGUGUUUGGCUGAAAUGGGAUUGUUGGUAUCUUUGAAGUUGUAUUUAAAAGAAUCGUACACUGGAAUUGAAGAAAAGCUAUUAUGGCACGAGUGUAAUAAAUUAUCUGAUACGAAUAACGUUAAGACUUUAACGAAUUUGGAAAUUGCUUUCAAGAGUACCAAGUUGAACAUGGAACCUAUUUAUAUUAAUUUAUUGAAGAUUUAUUGUCGAAAUAACGAUUUAAAAUCAGCUCGUGAAUUGUUGAAAUCGUUGGAAGAAUCGGAACGAAUGCCUUCUAUGGAGUUUACAACUAUGUACUCUGAAUUAGUAAAUGGUGACGAUGUUGUUUGAGGAUAAGAUGUACUCGUAAUUUAUUAUUUAGUGACCAAUAAGUCGAAGUUUUGUUUCCUACCCAAGAUGUUCAUUUUCUUGUAACUUAGUUACUUAAUAAAGUUUACAAUUUUAGGUAA